AUGUCGGAUGUACGUUCGAAGUACGCUACACUAACUAAAUUUGCUAAAAAUAUUCUCAUUAAUCCUCAUGAUCAUGAUGAUAUUGAAUGCAGUUUUUCGAUAAGUGAGGAUCUGGUUACACCAAAUUGGUCGAUGUUAUCUGAUUCACCAAUUAAUGGCUUACAAUCAACAUAUAAUGUUUUAAAUUUAAGUACAUAUUAA